GCGUAUCACACAGUACAAUGUGUGGUUCUGAAUCACUAUUCAAAGGUAACGCGUACCACAUUCACCAUAUGAAUUGUGUGAUUGGUAAAAUGUUUCCACCUUUUAAUGGGGUGAUUGGUGGCAAAUCGGGUACACUAUACAUAAUCUUUGGUACUGUCUUUGCCCGCCCCCUUCGCUUGUCGCUGGACAAUGACGUAUGUUUUACUCGCUGUUUACAAUGGCGACUACUUUCUAAAUGAAGGAAAGAUACAUUUACAGUAGCGAACAAAUACCCAGCGAACGGUAGAAAAAGCAAGAAGUCUCUUUUGCAAUGUCCAACAGAACAGCAUAUUUUUAUGAUCCGGAUGUGGGGAACUUUCAUUAUGGUGCUGGUCACCCUAUGAAACCCCAUCGUCUCUCGCUGACGCACAGCCUUGUUUUGCACUAUGGCCUCUACAAAAAGAUGCAGGUUUUCAAACCAUACAAAGCCUCACAACAUGACAUGUGCCGAUUCCACUCAGAAGAUUACAUUGACUUUCUGCAGAAGGUCAGCCCCAACAAUAUGCAGGGUUUCACAAAGAGUCUCAACACCUUUAAUGUUGGGGAUGACUGCCCUGUAUUCCCAGGCCUGUUUGAGUUCUGCUCCAGGUAUACAGGAGCAUCUCUACAGGGAGCAACACAGCUAAACCACAAGAUAUGUGACAUCGCCAUCAACUGGGCCGGGGGUCUUCAUCAUGCUAAGAAAUUUGAGGCCUCUGGAUUUUGCUAUGUGAAUGACAUUGUCAUCAGUAUACUAGAGCUUCUGAAGUACCACCCGCGUGUGUUGUACAUAGACAUUGACAUUCACCAUGGUGAUGGGGUGCAGGAAGCCUUCUACCUGACUGAUCGGGUCAUGACUGUAUCCUUCCACAAGUACGGGAACUACUUCUUUCCAGGGACAGGUGACAUGUAUGAGGUAGGGGCUGAGAGUGGCCGGUACUAUUGCCUAAACGUGCCUCUCCGGGAUGGGAUCGAUGACCAGAGCUACAGGCAACUCUUUCAGCCAGUCAUCAAGCAAGUGGUGGACUUCUACCAGCCAACCUGUAUCGUUCUUCAGUGUGGGGCUGACUCUCUGGGCUGUGACAGAUUAGGGUGCUUCAACCUCAGUAUACGAGGCCAUGGGGAGUGUGUGGAGUUUGUGAAGAGCUUCAGGAUUCCCCUGCUGGUACUGGGAGGAGGAGGGUACACAGUACGCAACGUGGCCAGAUGCUGGACCUAUGAGACCUCCCUCCUGGUUGAUGAGCCAAUUAGUGAUGAGCUGCCCUAUAGCGGUAAGCGAGCAAGCCUAAGCUCUUCUGCCACAGUUUUUCCAUUUGCUAAUUUUUUUCUCCUCACCCCUUCAGAGUACUUUGAGUAUUUUGCUCCAGACUUCACACUCCACCCAGACGUCAGCACCAGGAUAGAGAACCAGAACUCCCGACAGUACCUGGAGCAGAUCCGUUCAACGGUCUUUGAGAACUUGAAGAUGUUGAACCACUCCCCCAGUGUCCAGAUCCACGACGUGCCCUCGGACAUCCUGAGCUACGAGCGCACUGACGAGGGAGACCCAGAUGAGAGGGGCUCAGAGGACAACUAUUCCAGGCCAGAGGCAGCCAAUGAGUUCUACGAUGGUGACCAUGACAAUGACAAGGAGAGCGAUGUGGAGAUCUGAACGCUCAGAUGUCAGACUUUUUCCCCUCUGGUCGCUCAUGAUAUUAUUGGGAAACCAUCAAGGCUGCAGUCAGCGUUGACUAAACUUUUCCCCAACAAAUGGACAUACUAUACUCAGAGCGAGACACUACCACAAUUUAUUCGUUUUUUUUUUUUUAACUGUCCAACAUUGAGUAUGGAGAGGACAUUGUCAAGCACUUCAAAUGUUAUUCCUCACAUUUAGUAGACUAACAGUGAAAUACUUACUUACACAAUGAGUAACGAUAACAGCUAUAUACACAGGGUACCAGUACGCAGUCGAUGUGCAGGGGUACAUAUGACUAGGCAACAGGAUAAACAGUAGCAGCAGUGUGUGAUGAGUCGAUUCACCAGAAGACAUCCUAGAGGGGCCCAAUACAGCCAGAUAAACAGUAUAACAGAGGGCAUGAUUGUGUAUGAAAUGUCUGGGCCUUAUCAGCACAGGAUGAAGAGACUUCACCUUGGUCCAAAGGGCUUUGACUUCCUGUGGUUGCUAGGUGCUUUGUCAAAAGGGACCUGGGUCUUAUAUUUACCAGUUUUCACUUCGCACACGGCGGUCAUCUGCAUAACAAGUAAAAAUGUUUUGAUUUUCUUUUUCUUCAUGAAAAACUGCAUGCUACAAUGCUUCCCAUCUAUAAAGAACUCAAUUUGCCAUUUA